ACUAGUUGAGUACAUCUGUGAUGUUUGCAUUAUAUAAGUGUAUCUGUCUGUAAGCUUGCGCACACUUGGACAUUUGUACAUUGGUGAUGUAUAUGCAUAUUUGUACAACUAUGAGCAGUGUAAGUGCUCACAGUUGUAGAUAUUUGGGUGUUUACUUAUUCACAGUCCCCAAGGGUAUCAGAUGGACAGACAGUCUACCUUGAGAGAGGCGGAGUGUCAAGGAACAGGGAGGAGGAAGGAGGGAGGAGUAGGAAAGAGAAAGAGACAGAGAGAUGGAAGUGGGAAAAGAGGGCACUAGGAAAGAUCAGAAAAGAAAGCAUGGGGAGUUCCAGAGAUCUAGAGUGAAAAAGAAGGAAGGUCGGGUCACAGAAAGUGUGUUAAGUCUGAAGAUUUAGAUUACAGUUCCACUUCAGUUAUUCUCUUGCUGUGUGGUCUUGGGCAAUGACAGCUCUCAGGGCCUCAUUGAAUGAAGAGAGUAAAAAUAGAUAACCCCUUGAGUCCAUUCCAAAGAAGUAGGGAAAGAGAAAAAAUGAAAACAAAAGCAUUCAGAGGAAAAAGCAAAGAGCGAGAAAGAGAGACAUAGGAAGGAAGUAACAUAGAGGCCCUAGGAGGUAACCAGAGGCACAGCUGUGAGGCCGACCCUGGCUCCUGGAGGCUGGAGUGUGGACGCCUUCUUUCCCCACACCUGCGGCCAAAGCUUCACAGUGUCCUUAAGCUCUAAAUAGGUAAGGCAGGAAGAUGGAGAGGAGAGAGGUGCUGGGAAUGACAGCCACACAGAAACACCCAGAGGCCUGCCAAAGCCACACAAACCAGGAUCGGUGCUUCCUGCCCCCUGAUGUAGGUGUGCCAGCCACCUGGAAUGACUCACACCCUGGCGAUGUGGGCACACAUGCCAAGAGCGAGCACGGGCACCCUGCCCAGUGUACACCACGGGCCGAGGCGUAAGUGAGAUUCCGGCUCUUCACGGUGCCAUAGGGGGCUAUCCUCCCCACACAUUGCUACCUUGCCCUCAGAGCGCCCCAUAAUGACCACCUCCUGGGCUGGAGACCUAGGUGUCCUUGCUUCCCCACUCUCCUCCCCUAAACCUUCCUCAAGAAGCGGGAGAACCAGAUGAGGUGUUACGCAAGGGCCUGAUGUUUACCUCCCGCGGGCUCCUCCUCCCUCCCUAUAAAGCCUGAAGAGGCGGGGAGAUUCACGAAGACUAAGGCUCGGAGAGGAGAGCGAGGUAGUCCCAGGAGAGGGGCAGCAAAAGCGCAGAAAGUUAAUGCGGGAAACAGAGAGAGGGUCAACUAGUCAGCAAGCAGCAGGGCGAGGCCGCCAUCUGCGCGCUCGACGGAGCCCGCGGUGGUCGCGGAACGGGUGGUGCCUAGACCCGGGCUCCCCAUGGAGGCGCCUGCGCUGGGCUCGGGGCUGGUGGAGCGUCUGGAGCAGCUGGCGACUUGCCCGCUGUGCGGGGGCCCCUUCAAGGACCCGGUGCUCCUGGCGUGUGAACACAGCUUCUGCCGCGCUUGCCUGGCCCUCCGCUGGGGCCCCCCGCCAGCGACCGGCACAGCGGCGACCCCCACGGCCUGCCCGUGCUGUGGCCGGCCGUGCCCCCGCCGCAGCUUGAGGUCUAACGUGCGGCUGGCGGUGGAGGUGCGAAUCAGCCGCGGGCUGUGCGAGAAGCUGGCAGAGCCCGGGGCCCGCGCAGUCCGACGCCGCGGGGGCCGCAUCCCCACCAUAGGCUGGCUGGAUCCGCCGGGAGAGGACAUGAGGAAGACAUGGAGCAGAUUUGAUGCUCCAAUGCCCAAGUCACUGAACUCAGAGGAUGACCUCCCUGAAGAUUACCCAGUGGUCAAAAACAUGCUUCACAGACUGACUGCCGACUUGACCCUGGAUCCUGGCACAGCACACCGCCACCUGGUCAUCUCCUCCGAUUGCCGCAGUGUCCGACUGGCCCCACCAGGGACGCCCGCGCCCCCUGACAGCCCCGCGCGCUUCGACCAGCUCCCGGCAGUGCUGGGCGCACAGGGCUUCGGCGCUGGCCGCCACUGCUGGGAGGUGGAGACCGCGGACACCGUCUCCCGCGAGGAUUCUUCUGGGGAGGAUGAGGACGAUGGGGAGAGCCGCUACGCCGUGGGCGCGGCCGGGGAGUCAGUGCGACGCAAGGGCCGCGUAGGGCUGUGCCCCGCGGGGGCUGUGUGGGCUGUGGAGGGCCGUGGAGGCCGCCUGUGGGCUCUCACGGCCCCGGAGCCCACCCUGCUGGGGGGCGCUGGGCCCCCGCCUCGCCGCAUUCGCGUGGACUUGGACUGGGAGCGGGGCCGAGUCGCCUUCUACGACGGCCGCUCACUGGACCUGCUCUUCGCCUUCCAGGCGCCUGGCCCCCUGGGGGAGCGCAUCUUCCCCCUGCUCUGCACCCGCGACCCCCGCGCCCCGCUCCGCAUCGUGCCGGCAGAAGGCUGAGUGUGGUUCUCGACUGGUCUCCAGAUUUCCACAUCCUCACCAAAGCUGGAAUCCAUUCCUGCCUCUCCCUCUUGGGACUUUCUCCUCCUCCACGCCCGCCCGUCUUCCCCAACUGACCUUUCCACGUCUUACAGGAUUCCCAGGCUGAAUUAGAGAGCAGGCUCUGCUCCAUCAGUAUGGAUGAAGGACCCAUGUUUACGACACAGAUGCCCUGGUAGUCAGACAUUCAGCUCUCACUCCAGCCUCUUCUACCUCCACAGAAGGGCCCAGAGGCUUUUCCAUUCCCUGCCUUGUGCACUUGGAAGCCUCUCCUACACAAGAGCUGCCUACUAAAAAACAGAUGGCCUGACUCUGGCCAAGACCUCGGGGCCCUCUGGGAAGCUUAAUAGCCUUUUUUUUUUUUUUGGUGGACCAGUUCUCCAUCCAUGACUGCUUCCUAUGCUCACAGCCUUUCUCCAUUAAGAGCUUUCUUAAGAUUACCACCUGUACGUACUCACAAUGGAACCAAUGGUGCUA